AUGGGGGCCACUCUGGAUGAGAUCCGCAACCUUGUCCAAGGCGAGCUCAUCAGGAUCCGCAACUCGAACGGCGCAGUCUUCGAAGCAGACUGCAGUGCCAUCUUGGGAAGAGGGCUCCCGGAGUUCCCAGAGGAGCGCCUGGCGAGAGUCCUGGAGUCAGAGAAAGCCGUUGAGCUUGAACCUCGAACGCUCGUGGCGGUCGAUUUCAAGACGAUCAUGCCGUGUCUCAGUAAAAUGGAAAACAACGACGGUUGCUACUACUACCAGAUCAACUGCUCGCGGGAGCAGAAAGAGAGCUGCGCGGCUUUUAUCGUAUGUAGCCCCGCCUCACCACAUCUGGUCGCGGUGAUCCCUCUAUACUAUCUGGAAAAGAGUGGGCGGGGUCUGGUUGGUAAAGCAGAACCGACCGCCUUCAUAAGCAGGAAAAUCCCCUUUUUCGGCGAAACAAUCGAGCCGUAUCCUCUCGAAUGGACUCCUUUCGUGAUGCCCGUGGACUUUGUCGACAAGUCCCUUGACCUACUCGGGCAGUUCGCCUCAGGCAAGAUUACGAGUUGGAAAAACCCUUACAACGGAAUCGUCUUCAGCAAGUGUCCUAAGCCGACCCUGUCCGACACCCGUAUACUUCUACCUCCAGCCAAUUCGGCUCUCACGGACUAUUCCUUUCUCGAGCACCUCCGACGCGCCUUCCUGGCGCACGGAGGUGACUAUCGUGUGGACACGCCGCGAAUACGUGCAUCGGGCGGAGACCUUGUGGUAACACACAUCCCCUCCCGCGCACGCGCCAUGUUGGAGGUCAAGCGAAGACUACUGCGGUUUCUCGACGACGAGACCAUCGUGCACGAGGCCUAUCGUGUGAACCGACAAGACCGGGGGUGCAUCUUCACUCCUUUCACCGCUUGGGAUUUGUUUUUGAGCACCGCCAAUUCGGGAGAUAGAGCAGUCCUAUUAUCUCGGGAUGAUUUACCUCUCGAUUGGUUCCAUGAACGGCCGGACUCCACGACACGCACAGGGAAGUUCACGGAAGAGUUCCUCAAGCGGCAUACAGUCCGAGGUAUCAAAGCCGCCGGCCAGCGGCCGGCCGACACCCAUGCACAAGAGGGACUUGUAGACCAGAUGGUCGUCCUCUUUGAUCGAUUCCGAGAGGAAGGAAAGUUCUGUGCGCGCACGACCACAGACGCGCUGAAGACCUUGCCUAACAAGGACGAUAAAGGGCUCGGAGAUGCGUCUCUUCUCACGGACGGCAGGAAGCCAGAAGUACAGAUCACCCUCCCCUCAAGGUCAGGACGCGAAGGAGACCAGGAAGGACCAGGACGUACGAGGGUCCUCUUCAAGCGCCGAAUGUAUCCGUCGCAGCAGGCCGCCAUGCUCAACAGGGUUUGUGCUGAAAAUGGAAACUAUGCCGUCCACGAACUCGGUCUGCACCCGUCAGCGACGCACGUCUUCGCGCUCGGACGGGCAAACAGCAUCGUCGAGCUACAUCCCGAUACGCCCAUGAUCUACCUAAACUUCGCACAAGUUGACAUGCUCCAAUUUCGUCCACAUGAUAAGAGGAGGCCGUCGGCACUAUUCGCCGCGACUCAUGGAGAAUCCAAGUCCAUCUACAUCCUGAACCCUGUCCCGAAUGACCUCGACGAGCGGCCGCACAACUAUUUCGUCCUCCCUUCCGAAGCCUUAGCGACCGAGCGCCGACGUAAGGUGAACGACGGGCAGUUAAACCCGCGACAACGUGAUGCGAAGAAGCGACCGGCCAGGCGCGCCACGCCAAUCACCCUCAGGCACCGCGAACCACUUCUUGUCUAUCGGGUGGCGAGAAGCGGUCUGGAAGCGUCUUUACUCCGGAUUUUUCAGCAGCGACUUAAUUAG